AUGUCACCGGUCCGGUCCGGUGACUCGAUAGAGAAGUCGAUGUCAGUAGGCAGUGACGGCGAACGCUAUGAGGAGUGGCUGGAACUACGCAAUGGCUGCCUCUGUUGCUCUGUGAAGGACAAUGGAGUGCAGGCCAUAGAAAAUUUGAUGACUAAAAAAGGCAAGUUGGACUACAUUCUCCUGGAAACAACUGGCUUGGCAGACCCAGGUCCGAUUGCCUCCAUAUUCUGGCUGGAUGAAGAUCUGUGUAGUGACCUCUAUCUAGAUGGUAUAAUAACCAUGAUUGAUGCAAAAUACAGCUGGAAGUAUUUAGCUGAAAAGAAAGAAGAUGGGAGCAUCAAUGAAUGUACAAGGCAGAUAGCCAUGGCAGACGUCCUCAUCGUCAACAAGACAGAUCUGAUCUCAUCUGAUGACCUUCAUGAACUCAAUAACACUAUCAGGUCCAUUAAUAUGUCUGCCAAGGUAAUAGAAACAUCCCAUGCAAAGACAGAUCUUGGCGACAUUUUGGAUCUCAAUGCUUAUGGGGAUUUGAGUCCCGCAAGACUAGCUGACACAUUCCAUGGCAGAGGGUUUAGUUCUUCUGAUAAACACAUUAUAGACAAGUCUGUGACCUCUCUGACCCUGGAGAUGAGGGGCUUGGCCAACCAGGGCCUUCUUGACUCCUUCCUGCAGAACUUGCUGUGGGAGAGGUCCCUACAGAACAGCCAGGGGGACACCAUCACACUGUACAGGCUCAAAGGUGUAAUCUGCACUGGUGACUCGCAGCCCCGGUGUGUGGUACAGGCAGUACAGGAGCUGUAUGACUUUCACCCCACCACACCCUGGUUGCCCGGGGAAACCAGGACCAACAUACUUGUGUUUAUAGGGAAGAAUCUAGACAGAGAUGUUUUAGAACGUGAGUUUAAAAAGUGCAUCACAGACAUAACAUGAUGAAAACUAGGAAUAUUUUUUAUUAUGUACAAAUUCACGAGAGUAUUAAAUAUUGUAAUCUAA